AUGGACCCCUCUGAUCCCGACUUCAAGUACCUCGGAGUGGACCGCAAGACCCUGAUGAAGGAGAUGGAAGCGCAGUCUUUCGACUCGAAGAAGGUGGCCUGGGUGGAUGAUGAAAAGGAGGGCUUCGUGAUGGCGGACAUUAUCGAGUCCAGUGGAGAUUCCGUUACGGUUAAGCUGAAGGAUGGAAACACUAAACAAAUUAAGAAGGAUGAUCUGCAACAGGUCAAUCCACCUAAAUUCAUAAUGUGUGAAGACAUGGCUGAUCUUACCUACCUGAAUGACGCCUCCGUCCUGGAGAAUCUUCGGGCCCGCUACUACAAGCAACUCAUCUACGUACGUUAG